UCGCCGCCGCCUCUUCAGCCGAGAAUCCCGCUCCGGCCCCCGGCCCCGGCCUGGCCCCGGCCCCGGCUCCGGCUCCGGCUCUCCUCCCGCUGCCGCCUCCGCUGUCGUCGCUGCUGCCGCCCCUGGCGCUGCUCGCUGCAGGUGACUCGCUCCGGGGCAGCGCUGCCCGGAGCCGCCGGCGCCUCGUCAUGUCCACCGAGGACGAGCGGGCCCGGGAGAUCCUGAGGGGCUUCAAGCUAAAUUGGAUGAACCUCCGGGAUGCUGAGACAGGGAAGAUCCUUUGGCAGGGAACAGAAGACCUGUCUGUCCCUGGGGUGGAGCAUGAAGCCCGUGUCCCCAAGAAAAUCCUCAAGUGUAAGGCAGUGUCUCGGGAGUUGAACUUUUCUUCAGCAGAGCAGAUGGAAAAAUUCCGCUUGGAACAAAAAGUGUAUUUUAAAGGGCAGUGCCUAGAAGAGUGGUUCUUCGAAUUCGGCUUCGUGAUUCCUAAUUCCACAAACACCUGGCAGUCCUUGAUAGAGGCAGCGCCAGAGUCCCAGAUGAUGCCAGCAAACGUCUUAACUGGGAAUGUAAUCAUAGAGACCAAGUUCUUCGACGAUGACCUCCUCGUCAGCACGUCCAGAGUGAGACUUUUCUACGUCUGAAAGAAGGAACAGGACAAGGAGGGGAGCCGAGAGCCCUGUCCAGUUGUAAAUACAGUUGGAUGAACACUGACCAGGAGCCCGCCUUGUGAAUGGCAUCUUCCUGCUCCGGCUCCCCUCAGCCCCACUGGCACCACUUCUUUCUCGGCCCCUGCUUUUGGAUAGAAUUCAUUUUCCAGCCCCAUGUUUAGCUUUCAUUGUUUCAUAUGUCUUCAUACACUUGUAAAAUAGACUGUGAUAUUAUUACAUAAUGUAAUUAAAACCAAUUUAUGAAUUAAAAUGUUCCUAUAGUCCUCAGCA